AUGAUGGUACUUCUAUCUGCAGCAGUAAAUGGUGUUGGUAGUGCUCUCAAUUGGACAGCUUCGGGUGAGUAUAUUUCAAAAUGUGCUUCAGAUGAAAAUAGAGGUUUCUUCUUUAGCUUUUUUUUCUUUAUGUACAUGUCAUCUUAAAUUGUAGGAAGCAUAAUUGCUGCAGUUGUGCUCUAAAAUUCUGAAAUGUUGACAUUACACAUUGUAAUGUCAAUUGUUAUGCUCGUUGGAUGUCUCUUAUUUCUCCUUUUGAAGAAUCCAACUAAGCGAAAAUCAGAUAUUAUUUAAAAUGGCUCUGAAUCAAACAAUGAUUCAUAAUCAAUGCUUGAAUCACCUUAGCAAAUUUCCAAGAGAAAAGUUGUUGACAAAAAUAAUAAAUCUUCAUCAAUUUUUACCAGUGAGUUCGAUUAAAACAAAGAUUUAACUUAUUCCUAUGAAAUAUAGAAUAAAAAAUCCCAAUCUCAAUUCAAAAAGGAUAUUAUUGAUACAUUUAGGUUGCUUAAAUCUAAAUGCAUGAUUUUCAUGAUACCUUUUCAAUUAUUAGUAGGCAUAAGUUAAUCUUUAUAUAUUGGUGCAUUUAUGAUUAUUUUGACAAAUUCCAUGGUAGAUAAAGGAUGGGAUUCAAAUAAGCAACUUUCAAUGUCAUUUUAUGCAAUGAUCCCAUUAGGUGUAGGUGAACUCAUCGGAAGCAUCAUUAUAGGAAACUACAUUGAUAAAUAUGGACAUAAAGCUACUAUUAUUCCCUGCCUUAUUUCUUUAGUGGUGGCUUGCACUCUUGUCAUCUGUCACUGUGCUAUUAACUAGUUCACAAUUUUAGCAUAUUUCAUGACAUUUUUCUGGGGUGUAUUUGAUAGCUUUAUAAAUAACUUAAUGAACUGCAUGUUAGGAUUUGAAUUUGAGUCAAAUAAUACUCCUUAUAGUGUGUCCACUGCUGUUUGGUCAACGUCCUUUUUUAUUGUGCUAAUAUUAGAAGCACAGAUGAGCUCUAAUUUUCAUUAUCUAAUAUUAUUGACCUGUUCCCUAGUAUAUGGAAUUAUCAGUUUGGCAAUACUAAGUAAGUUUAAAUUUAAAUCUAAACAGUGA